AUGGUGCUUCAGAAGCCAGACACCGAGAUCGUGGGCGGUCCUGAGCUGUUCAUUGAUCGCGGCAGCACUAUCAACCUUACCUGCGUGGUCAGGCACAGUCCUGAGCCACCUGCCUACAUAUUUUGGAACCACAACGACGGGAUAAUAAGCUAUUCAAGCCAAAGGGGUGGCGUAAGUGUUGCUACAGAGAGAGGAGAGACGAGUAGAAGCGUUCUGCUGAUUCAGAAGGCCAAACCAUCAGAUUCUGGAAACUACCAGUGCAACCCGUCAAACGCCAGACCUGCCAAUGUCACUGUCCAUGUACUAAACGGUGAGCAUCCAGAAGCAAUGCAACAUGGCGGCAAUCAGAGAAUGGGCCCAUCCUUGGGAGCUCUAGCCUUCAUUUCAUAUAUUCUUUUGGUGUACUGUUAAGUUUCAUACCUGCUGUAAAGACUUACUUUUAGAUCGUUCAAUGCUGCUCAGAGUCGACAUUGUGCGUGUUUAUUUAAGAAAAAUCUAUGCCCUAACGGUGAAUUAACUUUAAACUUUAGAAAGUCCUAAAAAAUUUAUUGCUUAAAUAUAUGAGUAAAUCUAGAAA